CUAUAUUUAUUGCAGCAAGAUGUUGGAAGGUGCAUCUCCAGUAACCCAAGCUCUUCUGGGGACCUUACUGACAUGGGGCCUCACUGCUGCUGGGUCUGCUGUGGUGUUCCUGCUUGCUGGAACUAAGCGAAAAGUACUUGACAGCAGUUUAGGUUUUGCUGCAGGAGUCAUGACAGCUGCAUCAUUUUGGUCACUUCUGGCACCUGCCAUAGAGCUUGCAGAAUCCUCAGGAAGCUAUGGUAGUGAAGGGGAAUGGGCUUUUGUACCUGUGGCAGUUGGAUUUGUUCUUGGUGCUGCCUUUGUUUAUGCUGCAGAUGUGUUCAUGAGUUCAACAGGCAGUCAUUCACCUAACUUUGCCCUUGCAAUGCAGUCAUCUGCGAAGAAGACAGAUGGAGAUGAUGCAAGAAUACCAUAUGUAUCAGCAAAUAACUUCAGUAAUGCAAAUUUCAGCGAAGUAGGGCAAGGCUCCAGUUCUAAUGCUUUCACCUCUAUCAACUUCAAUGAUGUUAAACAAAGGAGAGGAGAUCCAGGAGAAAAGGCCACUCAGUCUUAUGAAGAGAGCAGUGUUGAUCAGGAAAGAUAUGAUAAACACUUGCAGUGGAGGAGAAUCUUACUCCUUAUUAUUGCUAUAACAGUACACAACAUUCCAGAGGGACUGGCAGUUUGGUGUAGGCUUCGUGCAAUUGGCAAGACUCCACUAGCUACCUUUAACAAAGCAAAAAAUCUAGCCAUAGGUAUUGGUAUUCAAAAUUUCCCGGAAGGCAUGGCAGUUAGUCUACCACUAAGAGGAGCUGGGCAUCCUGUGUGGUGGGCAUUUUGGUAUGGUCAAUUAAGUGGGAUGGUUGAACCAGUAGCAGGUGUUCUGGGAGCUAUUGCAGUGUCAGUGUGUGAGCCAGUGCUACCUUAUGCUCUAGCCUUUGCAGCAGGGGCCAUGUUAUUUGUUGUAAUAGAUGACAUUAUACCAGAAGCACAAACUGGUUUUUCUUUAAUU